AUGAACGAAAAGCACGGAUUCAGCAUGAUUAUCAUGCGACUGGUGGUACUCCUCGUGGCACUUGCCGUCAAAUGUUUUGACGGUGUGCUUGACGAAAAGAUAGGAAGAAAUCUUGUUGACUUGUCGUGGGAACACGAAAGCGGAUGCAUGGUCCUAGUACCACAGAUUUCAGCGAGCCAAGAGGAGUUCUACAGCCUUUCCGAUCCCAAGGAGGGCACUGUGUGUACAAGUCCGAUGGGACUAAAGAUGUUUUACACUGACAACGAUUUCGAGGGCAACACUGGCGAGUGUGUGAGUGCGAGUGUCUGCAGCUAUGAGCUGAGAUGUGAGUACCGCGACUAUACAGAGCUGUGUGGAAUAGAAACCGUCGCGGAGCUGCAAAAUUACAGGCAGAAUUGCGUUGCACUGGGAGUUCUAGCAAACGGGGUCGAUGAUAAAGUGUUUGAACCUGGAAUGGUAUGCAGACCGGAAGAUAUCGAUCAGAAUACCCCCAAAAUGACACCCUCCCCAACGCUGGACCCAACGUCUGUGCCGUGGGAACACGAAAGCGGAUGCACGGUCCUUGUGCCAAAGAUAUCAGCGAGCCAAGAGGAGUUCUACAGCCUUUCCGAUCCCAAGGAGGGCACUCUGUGUACAAGCCUGAUGCGACUAAAGGUGUUUUACACUAACAACGAUUUCGAGGGCAACACUGGCGAGUGUGUGAGUGCGAGUGUCUGUAGCUAUGAGCUGAGAUGUGAGUACCGCGACUAUACAGAGCUGUGUGGAAUAGAAACCGUCGCGGAGCUGCAAAAUUACAGGCAGAAUUGCGUUGCACUGGGAGUUCUAGCAAACGUGGUCGAUGAUAAAGUGUUUGAACCUGGAAUGGUAUGUAGACCGGAAGACAUCGAUCAGAAUACCCCAAAAAUGACACCCUCGCCAAUAUCGGGUACAACGAUGCGCCCAAGUACACCGCCCCCAACGUCCGUACAGGAGCCAGCUGACACGAGUGGAAGCACACAGACGUUCAAUCGGCUGUUGCAAUAUGCGGCACUCCUGCUUGCAGCGUUUUACGGAAUGUAA